GUCCCUUCAGGUAGGAUCAGAGACAAAAAUAGGAUAUUUCCCGCCAUUUGGAUAGUUAAGGAAAAGACUCAAUAUGUGCGAACCGACAGGAUUCAACAUUGAGGAUUUGAUUAGUGUUACACCACUGAAAGAAGGUGGAGACAUGCUGGAGCCCAGGGUUGAACAGUUGAUGGGCAAAUUAAGGAAGCUACAACAAGGUAAAAGAUCCUUGGAGGAAGAAAUGAAGGAGAUCAAAUCAGUCAGGGACUUUAUGCAGAAAGAGCUGACAUCUUUACAAACUGAAACCUACAAACUGGAAGGAAUCCAUAAGGAAAAAGAAGAGUUGUGCAGGAAGCUGCAGUUCCAGUGUGAGGAGUCUGAGCAAGACGCUGUCAGGCAGUUGAAGCAGAACAAGAAAAGCGAGGAGCUGCUAGAACAGUACAGAUGUGAAAUUCAGGAAUUCAAGCUUAAACACCGGAAGCAGCGGAUGAAGUUUGAAAACCAACUUCAUCAACUGAUAGAGCAGCAUAAGAAUCUGCACUCUGUCUUUGCUCCAGAGAGGCUUCCAGAUGAAAUAGAGAGUGCUGAGAAUACAAAAAGUCAGCUGUUAGCAGCUGGUAAGUUCCUUCUAAUGAUGUAUGCCUAUUCAAUCAGUAAAACAUUUAUUCUUGGACAAGCAAGAAUUAAGUGUUUUUCUUUUCUAUCCCCAACCCAUUUGAUUUGGUCUUUUUCUGUAAUUCUUACAGAACAAAUGAAGUUGGCUCAGCUGUACUGUCUCAAUGAGGAGCUAGAAAAGAUGGAGAAACAGAGGCAGCCUGCAAAAACAGCUGCUGAGACUCAGGAGUAAAACAUAAUUU